AUGCAAGAGGUGUUUGAAAUGAUAGAUUUGGGAGUCAUGAUAUAUUUCCUUGGUAUGGAAGUGAAUCAAUCUAAUCAAGGCAUUUUCAUUAGCCAACGUGCCUUUGCUUUGAAAAUUCUCAAUAGAUUUUGCAAGUUGAACUGCAAAACAGUCACUACACUUGUGGCUCAAUGGAAGAAGCUGACUAGUAGUGGGAAUCAAGAGAGGGUUGAUGAGAAGGAAUAUCGAAGCCUAGUAGGUUGCUUGCUUUACUUAACAACAACGAGACCUGACAUUAUGUUUGAUGUUAGUCUUUUAUCAAGAUUUAUGCACUAUUGUGAUGUAGUUCAUUUUAAAGUAGCUAAUAGGAUCCUCAGAUAUGUCAAGGGAACUUUAAGCUAUGGAAUUAAAUUUGAGAAGGGAAAAGAGCUUAAGCUGACAGGAUACUCUAAUAGUGAUUGGGAUCGCUCUGUCGAUGAUAUGAAGAGCACCUCUGGUUACUGUUUUACUCUUGGAUCAAGAGUUUUCUAUUGGAGUUCAAAGAAACAACAAACGGUUGCUCAAUCUACAGCUAAAACAGAAUACAUUACAGCUGCUGUAGCUGUUAAUCAAGCCAUUUGGCAUAGAAAGCUUCUAUGUGACUUGAAUGAAGAACAGAUUGAACCAACUGAAUUCAGGGUUGAUAACUAG